AUGCGCCCGCGGCUCCGGGGCCUGAGGUGGCCCCGGCUCGGGGAUGUGCUGGGGGACACCGAUGCCAUCGCACCCUGGGGUGGGAUGCUGGCAGCCCCCAGGCCGCGUGGGCCUUUCCCCCUCAGCGUGGCGUGCUCAGGGAGGCGGUGGGUGCCGGAGCAGGACACGCGGUGGGGACAGCAGGGACAGAGUCCGGGCUGGGGUCUCCGAGCGGUCCCGGGGCACCGGCCGGGAGCGGGCACCGUCCCGUCCCGUCCCGCCGGGGCGGCAGGGGGCAGCAGGAGCCCGGCCGAGCCUCCGAGCGGAGCCCCGGUGCCCCGGCCGGAGGAGCCCCCGGUGUCCCGGCCGGAGGAGCCGCCGGUGCCCCGGCCGGAGGAGCCGCCGGUGCCCCGGCCGGAGGAGCCCCCGGUGCCCCGGCCGGAGGAGCCCCCGCAAAUAACCCCGAAGCCGAGCGGCCGCUGCCCGGGACAGCGGCUCCGCUGCAACCUCCCGGCUCCGUUUUCGGGCAAAGCCGCGGUACCGGGGGCAGGAUCCCCGCCGCGGGGCUGCGAGGGGCCGUGCCGCACCCCGCGAUCCCGCGUGGGGCGGCGGGAGCGGCCCGUGCCCGGUCCCCUCUCGGUCCCGUCCGGUGCCCCGGCCCCGCAAGGGUUAAACCGCGGCACCGCCCCCUCGUUCUCCGCUCGGCCUCCUUUGAUUGACACCCGCGCGCCGGCGGGGCCCGCGCUGGCCAAUGGGGAGGCGGCUCCGCGCGCCCCACGUGGGGACGGCCGCUCCCAUUGGCUGGCGGCGGGGGCGCUCGCCCGCACGGGCCAGGCCCCACGUGGAGCGGGCGCUCGCGGCCGUUCAUUGAUCGCGCUCCGCAGAGCGGCGGGGGCGGGGCGGGGCGGGGCUCGGCCCGGCUCGGCUGCGCUCGGCUGGACUCGGCUCGGCCCGGCCCGCCUCGCCUCGCCUCCGCUCUACCGGGCUCGGCUCGGCCCGGCCCGGCCCGCCCCGCCGCAGGGGCGCGCGCCCUGGGGCCGGGGCCGGGUCUGGGACCCGCAGCGCGGUGAGUCCCGUCCUGUUCCGUCCCGUCUUGUUCCGUCCCGUCCCGCCGGUGCGGCCCGGCUCGGUUCGGCUCGCUGUCCGCCGGUUGGGGUCCGGCCCCGCUUAGGGCCGGGUCGGCGGCGAGGCCGGUCCCGCCCCGCGGCCGUACCUGCGGCGGGCGGCGGCGGCGGGGCCAUUGUCUGCGCGGCGCGGGGGGCCGGGGCUGGGCGGGUCCGCGGGGCCCGGGGGGAGCCCCGGGGCUCUCGGUGCCCGCGGGAACGGGCGCCGCGGGCGGGGCCGGGGCUCCGCAGGGCCCCGGGCAGCGCCGGGCGGUGA